AUGAGCAAAACGGAGGAGAGAGUGUUGGUACAUAGAGAUGACCUGGCACGCCUUGCUACUGAAAUCACACAGCUCCGACAGACCUACCCUAAAGUUGUCAACAAACGUGUAACUACUGCCAUUAGCAAGAUCAACCAUUUAGAAACAGAGUUUUGCCAACUUCAACAGAAGUAUGAUGAGUCUGUGACAGAGACACAGCGCUGGAAGGCUCGUUGUGAGAUGGCCGUUACAGAUUGCCAGAAGGAAAAGCAGGACAAUGUUCAGCUCCGAUGUGAGGUUCGAGACCUGAGCCAGCAGCUCUCCCAGCAAUCUGACUACUGCUCCAGUCUUGGCUCUGCCUGUUGUACACUUCUGUGGAGAGUGUCGCGGUGUGAGGAGAGCAUUCAAUCUAUCCUGGUUGGGACCAAAGUGGAUGAGUUCCUCUGCCUGGUGACUAGCACUCUACAGAGCUACGUUUCAGCCUACAAGGUGGACUGGCCUAAAGAUGAUCAGGAGGAGACACAGUUCAUUUUGGCACUUUGUGGGAUCAUCACAAAUAUAGCUGCAUCUGCCUAUGGCCGAGACUUCCUUAUCACAAACCAAAAUGGCCAACAGGUGAUUGACACCUACUUCAAUGUCUUAUCUGAAGCUCCCAAUGGCAAAAGUGCUCGUUUGAAAAACUUGAUCCUCAUGGCAUUGUACAACAUCAGCAUCAACCAAAAGGGAAUCAAGUAUAUCAACUCCAAAGGAGGCGUACUGGGGAUACUGUCCUGGAUCUUACAGGAUGAGAAGGAGAGUAAGAAUAAGACAAAUGCUCUACGUUUGAUUCAGUCAAUCCUGUGUGAUAAUAGCACUCGUGUUGGGGCCAUACUGGAGCUUAAUGAAGUGCUGCCAAUGUCAGUCUUACAGCAACUAACAAAGGAUAAAAGUAAGGAAAUACAACAGUUGGCACAGGAGAUCAUUUCUGAUAUCCAACUCCAGUCCAACUCUGAACAGUGA